CCCACGCCAAGCGCCACCGCCGAUCUCGCCCCACCACGCACGUCCUCACAGGGUUCCCGCGGCGCUGUCGCGCAUCCGGCCGCCCGUUGGAGAUCCAACGGCGCCCGCCGCUUCUCCUACCUUUGUACUGCACCCGGCUCGUUCGUAUUAAAGCUGCCUCUCGCCUUCCUCGCCGGCCUCCUCCAUUGCUUUCCGUUCCGAGGGAGGAGUUGAGGACAGAUGAGGGAUACGAGCACGGCGAGAGAUGAGGGCCCCGUAUGCAAGGUUGUAGCCGGGGACGGGAAGGUUGCCGGCCUGGCGGCCUCCGUGCGCCGCCGCCGCCGCCGCCGCCGCCUACUCGAGCUCCGGCGGCUCGGGCAGGACGCGUCGGCGGCGGCGGAGAACGAAGCGGCGAAGACGAUUCAGUCGGGUACGGGGACGGACAGAUCGUCGGCGGAGACGGAUCCCGGGAUGGGCUGGCCGGCGUCCCUGUCGCACGGCGCGGUGUCGGUGAUCGGACGGCGGAGGGAGAUGGAGGACGCCGUCGCCGUCGCGCGGACGUUCCUGGCCUCGGCGGACGAUGGGGGCGGCAGCAAGGACGGGUGCGGCGGGGAGGAGGACUUCUUCGCGGUGUACGACGGCCACGGCGGGGCGCGAGUGGCGGAGGCGUGCAAGGAGCGGAUGCACGUGGUGCUCGCGGAGGAGGUGGGCCUGCGCCGGCACGUCGGGGGCGACGUGCGCUGGAAGGAGGCGAUGGUGGCCAGCUUCGCCAGGGUGGACGGCGAGGUCACCGGCGGCUUCGCGCAGGCCAAGGCCGACGUCGACGCCGAGUCGCCUUUCCGGACCGUGGGCUCCACCGCCGUGGUGGCCGUCGUGGGGCACCGCCGCAUCGUCGUCGCCAACUGUGGGGACUCGCGAGCUGUGCUCUCCCGCGGCGGUGUCGCAGUGCCACUCUCCACUGACCACAAGCCUGAUCGUCCAGAUGAGUUGGAAAGGGUGGAAGCAGCCGGCGGUAGAGUCAUCAACUGGAACGGGUAUCGUGUCCUGGGAGUGCUGGCAACUUCGAGAUCCAUUGGGGACUACUACCUGAAGCCGUACGUCAGUGCCGAGCCGGAGGUGACGGUCAUGGACCGGACAGACCAAGACGAGUUCCUCAUACUGGCAAGCGACGGGCUGUGGGACGUGGUCUCCAACGAGGUCGCGUGCAAGAUUGUCAGGAACUGCCUGAACGGGCGCGCGGCGUCCAUGUUCCCCGAGUCCGUUGCAGGCCGCACGGCCGCGGACGCCGCGGCGCUCCUGAUGGAGCUUGCCAUGUCGCGCGGCAGCAUGGACAACAUCAGCGUCGUCGUUGUCGAGCUGCGGAGGCUGAAGGGGAGCAGCUAACGCGGUUUGAUGCACUGAGACCGUGAGCGUGUAGCUGUAGUGUGUAGAUGAUGACAAUUACUAUUUGAGCAUGGUUAGAAGCUGGAAAAGAUCUCGGCUGUCAGGGUUUGAAUUGGAGAGAUGGCGGUGCUGUUUGUACAGAUGGAUGCUUGUCGAAUGCUGUGAUUUUUCGUGUGCUAAUCAAUAGCUAUUAUAUGCAAUUUAUAUUC